AUGCAAUUCUUUUUGUUUUUUGUGGCCUGGUUUUCUUUAGUCCUUGCGGUUCGGCCUUUCCAUUUCAAGGCGCCGCAAGAGGCUUUGAUUUCUGUUUUCGACUCGCAAUCUUUGUCCGAUUACGUUGUGGACUCCAAAUACUCUUUGCUAGAGCUCCACAAAAAAUUGGUGGAAAUCAAGUCUAUCAGUGACAACGAGCUCAAUGUGGGCCAAUGGCUAGGCGCCUACUUGAAAAAAGCAGGAUUGACUGUUGAGUUGGGUAAAGUUGACGGCGAAAAUGACAGAUACAACGUUUACGCCUACUUGGGGAAAAAGAGAGACACCAGUAUCGUGUUGACUUCUCACAUCGACACAGUGCCGCCAUAUCUCCCGUAUUACGUCAAUGGCACACAGAUUCACGGCCGGGGAUCAUGUGAUGCUAAAGCAUCUGUGGCCACACAAGUCAUUGCCUUCUUGGAUAUGGUGAGCCAGGGUAUUCUCAAAGAGGGCCAAGUAUCACUUUUAUUCGUUGUAGGGGAAGAAAAUUCAGGCUCCGGAAUGCGCAAGGCCACUGAAAGCUUGGGUGCAUCGUGGGACAUUGCCAUUUUUGGAGAGCCUACGGAAAAUAAAUUGGCUGUGGGCCACAAAGGUAUAUUGUUGUUUGACGUUGAAGUAUUUGGCAAGGCGUCGCACUCCGGAUACCCAGAGUUGGGUGUUUCGGCUACAGAGAUCCUUGUUCCGCUCUUGGCCAAUUUGCAGAACUUGGAACUCCCCACGUCUGACAUUUUGGGACCUUCCACUUUGAAUAUUGGCAAGAUCGAAGCGGGAGUAGCGGCAAAUGUGGUUCCAGCAUACGCCAAAGCCACGAUUGCAAUUCGAGUCGCUGAUGAUUUGGCUCGUGUGGUGCAUCUUGUUCGUUCCGUGGUGGAAGAUACACCUCAUGUUGGCCCUUUCAGCUUUUUUGGAACAGAACCCCAGUUCUUGGAUUACGACGUCCCUGGCUUUGGCACUUUGGUUGCAGCUUACACCACUGACGUGCCUAAUCUCGGCCUUCCUUUGAAGAAGAGAUAUCUAUACGGCCCGGGUACCAUUCAUGUUGCCCAUGGUGCAAACGAAUAUGUGGAAAACCAGGAUUUGCUUGAUGCCAUCAGCGGCUACAAGAAGCUUAUCCAACACGCUCUCUCGGAAGUCUAG